CUCACGGGAGGAGGGUGGUGGUGGGGAGAGGGGGGGACUCCUGAUGGAGUUGGGAUGGACCGCCACAGGAUUGGUGGAUGACUGCUCUGGAUAUGGCCCCGUGCCAAGCCCUUAUGUCUUUAUAUACUGUAAACAGAUGACCGGACAGUCCUGAGUGCGCAUCGCAUCCACUCUGCCUCUCCUCAUCUCCACUUCUCUCUCUUUCCAGGGCCCCUGCAAGCCUUCCUUUGCCUCAGCAUCCACAGGCUUCUCUUCUUUAAUCCAGCUGACUUUUCACUCUGGCUGUGAAAACAAUGGCCACGCCGAGCCUGCUCCUCUCUCUAUACGUGUGGCUUCUGGCCGGGAACCUCUUAGCGGAGGCGACCUACUACCGCCACCAUCGCUACAUCCCUCACUUCUACCGCUACCGGGAGCACUCCGCCAACACGGAGAACCUCCUCCCCGAGGUAUCCAACCCGGUGUCUGAAGUCUCGCAACCCCGUGUGCCGACCUACCCGGAGGUCCCCGAGGUCUUCCACCCGGCACCUGAAGUCACCCACACCAUACCAGAAGCUUUCCACCCGGUGCCCGAAGUCGUGCAUCCUGCACCUGAGCGGUACCACCCGCAUCCUGCGCGUGAUCACGCGCCUGAGCGGUCCUCUCCUUUCAACACGAGUCGCGUUUUCUAUGGGAUCAUGUUUGACGCUGGGAGCACAGGCACCAGGAUCCAUAUCUACAAGUUCAUUCAGAAAGACCCCGUUGAGCUUCCAGUUCUGGACAAUGAAAUGUACCACGCAGUCAAACCUGGACUGUCUUCUUACAAGGACGACCCUGAAGAGGGUGGCAACACCAUCCGCCAGUUACUGAGGAUUGCCAAGAAGACAGUGCCAGAGGAGGACUGGAGAAGAACCCCGGUGGUCCUAAAGGCCACGGCAGGUCUGCGCUUGCUGCCUGAAGACAAGGCCAGGGCUCUUCUGAAGGAGGUACAAGAGGUGUUUGAAGAAUCCCCUUUCUAUGUGCCAAGCAACAGUGUUACCAUCAUGAAUGGCAAAAAUGAAGGAGUCCUCGCCUGGGUCACAGUGAACUUCCUUACAGGUCACCUUUACUCCAACACAAGGAGGACGGUCGGGAUUCUGGAUUUGGGCGGAGGAUCUACACAGAUCACGUUCCUCCCGAAGUCAAAGAAAACUGUUCAGUCUGCUCCAACUAAUUACAUUGCCAACUUUGACCUCUUCAGCCAAACAUAUCAGCUCUACACACACAGCUACCUUGGAAAUGGACUAUUUGCAGCUCGCUUUGCAACUCUUGGAGCACUGGGAGCUGAUGGUCUGGAUUGGAAAGUCUUCUCUAGCUCAUGCCUCCCGAAAAAGUUCAGGGAAAAUGUGACUUUUUCAGGAACCACCUAUAAAGUUAGCGGGAUUCCAGACGGAUACGCCGGCUAUAAGUUGUGCUACUACGAGGUCAUGAAGGUGAUCAAAGGAAUAAUUCACCAGCCAUAUGAAGUGAGAGGCAGCAGCAUCUUCUAUGCUUUCUCCUACUACUUUGACAGAGCUGUGGAGUCUGGUCUCAUCGAUGGCAGUCGAGGUGGUACGGUUGAAGUCAGGGAUUUCAAGAAGAGAGCCAAAGAAGUGUGCAACAAGAUGACCAAAUACCGGGCAAUUAAUCCCUUCCUGUGCAUGGAUAUGACAUACAUCACCUGCCUGUUAAAAGAGGGCUUUGGCUUUAAAGACAGCACGGUGCUUCAUCUUGCCAAAAAGGUGAACAAUGUGGAGACAAGCUGGGCCCUGGGGGCGACCUUUGACUACUUCAGAAACUUUAACAUCCACUAAGGCGGGUCGCUGUUGCUGCAGCUGGCACUGAGAGGGACCGUCACUGUGGGGCUUCCCUUCCUCCAUCAGCCCAUCACCAACACACACCCACUCCCACCAUGCUUCCUCGCUCACCAUGC